AUGGUCUACGGACAGUCGCUACGCCUCCCGGGCGAGUUCUUAGGAUCUCUCCACCGCGAAAACGCAGCGGACAACGUGUCAGAUUUCAUCAAGGAGCUACGCCAACAUCUGAGGGAAUUGAGACCGACGAAGGUAUCUCGCCACGGUACGGGGAAGACAUUCAUUUUCAAGGACCUUGCUACCUCGGAGGAAGUCUUUGUACGCCAUGAUGGUCUCAAACAGCCUCUGCAACAGCCGUAUGACGGCCCGUACAAAGUCAUCAAAAGGGCAGAAAAGACGUUCGUGGUUCGUAUGAACGGCCGGGACGUUACGGUUUCCAUCGACCGCCUUAAACCAGCGUACAUCAUGGCCAAUGAUCCAGUCGUCUCUCAGGAUGGCAACAACGAGGAGGACGUUCCAGGCCCUUCCGAAAAGGGCACAGUAAUUACAGACCUACCCGAUACACAGAAACACACACAUCUAAAAUCAACACUAGAAAACUCGACCAAACACGUAACCAAGUCAGGUAGACGUGUCCGCUUUCCGGACCGGCUACAAGGAGGAUUUUCGUAA